AUGUUCAUCGACGAGCCGGAGGAGUGCAGAAAGGCACUCACCGUAGUCAGCCAGAUCCGAAUUUAUCUCGAGAUUGCAAUCAAUUCGCAGACAGAAUAUCGGUUCCUCAACGAGAAAGAUUUGCAAAUCUUGUCUGUCGUCAGGGACUUCUCUGUUAACAAGAUGUUGACUUACAAGAUCAUUACACUAAUAGCACCGGGUGUUUGCGAAGAAGUGGAAAUCUGCAAUGGCAAACUGCUCGAGAUUGCAAUCAAUUCGCAGACAGAAUAUCGGUUCCUCAACGAGAAAGAUUUGCAAAUCUUGUCUGUCGUCAGGGACUUCUCUGUUAACAAGAUGUUGACUUACAAGAUCAUUACACUAAUAGCACCGGGUGUUUGCGAAGAAGUGGAAAUCUGCAAUGGCAAACUGGUAUGCGAUACGGAAUAUUGCAUUGUGAGAAAACCGGAGCGAGUCACGUGUCCGGAACUUCUGCCAUCGUGCCCAUUAGUGCGCUAG